UCUCCUUGCACCACCACCAUUGCUGAGCUCCAAAGCUUCUAGCUGUGAUCAAGCAAAGAAGAAUUGAAAAAAAACAUAUAUAUAUUAUAUAUAUGGCAGGGGUGUGGGUGUUUGAGGAUGGGAUGGUGAGGAGGGCAGAUAGCGAGGCGCCGUCGAGAGGGCGCGGUGUCGGUGGUGGAGGUGGGGGAGGGAAGGUGCUUGUGCACGUGCCGAGCAGCGAGGUGGUGACGAGCUACGAGGUUCUGGAGAGGCGGCUGCGGGAGCUCGGGUGGGAGAGGUACCUCAACGACCCGUGCCUCCUCCAGUUCCACCAGCGCUCCACCGUCCACCUCAUCUCCGUGCCCCGCGACUUCUCCCGCCUCAAGCUCGUCCACAUGUACGACGUCGUCGUCAAGACCCGCAACGUCUUCGAGGUCCGUGACGCCGCCACCACUGCUUCCCCGCCAUGAUCGCAUCGAUGUCUAUGCUUUGAUCAUCAUCGAUAUGACCUUCCUCGACUCCGGGCUCAGGCCAGACACGCCGCCAUGGCGCCUACAAUCGUAUGUGUGUAUUGUAUGAAUCUCAAUUCAGGUAAUGAAUGAUUGUAUAUCAUAUGAUUUGUAAUUCUGUACAGGUAUAACGUAUGCGUAUAUACGUACGUGUGCGAUCGAUCGGGUGUGUGUGAUAUAUAUUAAAAUAAGCGUGGCUGGUUUAAUUGCAAGUGAGUGUUUAGUUAUUUAAUUAUACGAGAGCCAUGAGCACGUGUGUAGCUAGCUUUGGAGUCUUGUACUUUGUGGUUUGGAGCCAUUGCUUGACUGAUUCCGUGGCACGAAUCAAUCAUCCAUGCGUUAUGCAGUGACAAUAAAUAAUUAGUUUUGUCACAAUUAAUUAAUAGUAUGUUGUUUGCUGUAUUGAUUAUUUAUAUUUCCAUA